CGAAACCUAUCAAGCACCAUAUCUCAUCUGAGGUAUGAAUCUGAUCUUAAUUAUUGGUUCUGUUUGAUGUCUCUUUUCUGCUGAAAUAUUCAUUGUAAUUAUCAUUUACUCAGUUGCAUGUGAAAGUUUGGAAAAACUAAGACCCUUUAGCACUGAUAUGUGAUCUUCUGGAAGGCUUGAUGCAAAAUAGACUCUUCUGUAUUUUUCUACUUCAAUAUAUAGUUAUAUGUUUUUCUUUAAAAAAAAAAAACCUUGGUGCUUGUUUGUUGUCCAAUAAUGACAAAAUAGUAAAAGAUAUUUUAACAUUUUAAUGCAGAUGAGCAACAUCCAACCAGAAAAGGCACCAUAUGAACCCAGAGAAAAGGAUGCAAUGUCCGGAAAUAAUAUUAAUUCAACUAGCAACCCACUAUCUGAGCAUGAAAAUAGGGAUCAACUUGCCAAAAAUGGUAUUGAUUCAAGCAGUAAUCCUCCACACGAACCAAGAAAAAUGGAUCCAAAUGACAAUACUAGCUUUGAUUCAAUUAGCAGUUCAACCCCAGUGCCAUGCCCAACAACGCUUACAAAUUCAGAAGCAAAAAAAGCGUCAGCGAUGUUUAUUACAACAGGACCGAUGAUAGCAACUGACGCAAAGAGAAGUGAUUCUGUCACCAACAUUGGCCGGCAGAGCUGCAAUAGUACCCGCAGUGACAGCUUAGACAGUGGACCCCUCAAACCCCACACUGGUGGUGAUGGUCGAUGGGAGGCCAUUCAACUGGCGACUGCUAGAGAUGCUCCUCUUGGUCUCAGCCAUUUUCGGCUCCUCAAGCGCCUCGGUUAUGGUGACAUUGGAAGUGUCUACCUUGUUGAACUCAGGGGAACCAACACAUUCUUCGCGAUGAAAGUUAUGGACAAGGCAUCACUGGCUAGUAGAAACAAGCUACUCCGAGCACAGACAGAAAAGGAGAUUCUUGGUCUUCUUGAUCACCCCUUCUUGCCCACUCUGUAUUCUUCCUUUGAGACCGAUAAAUUCUAUUGCUUGGUCAUGGAAUUCUGCAGUGGGGGUAAUCUCCAUUCUCUUCGACAGAAGCAGCCCAAUAAGUAUUUCAGUGAGCAAGCUGCACGGUUUUAUGCAUCAGAAAUACUGAUGUCGCUUGAGUAUCUGCACAUGCUUGGCAUAGUAUACAGGGACCUGAAGCCAGAAAAUGUGCUAGUGAGAGAGGAGGGCCAUAUCAUGCUCUCUGACUUUGACCUAUCACUCCGCUGUUCUGUCAACCCGACUCUUGUAAAAUCAUCAUCUGCCCAUGUAGGCAAUGGUGCUAUCCUCAAUGAUGAAUUUGCGGUGCAUGGGUGUAUCCAGCCAUCAUCAUUUUUCCCACGCAUACUACCUAAGAAAAGUCGUAAGUCUAAAUCAGAUUUCGGUCUGUUUGCUGGUGGAUCCCUCCCAGAGCUAAUGGCAGAACCUACAAAUGCACGCUCAAUGUCGUUUGUUGGGACACAUGAAUACUUGGCCCCAGAGAUCAUACGUGGUGAGGGCCAUGGCAGUGCAGUUGAUUGGUGGACAUUUGGCAUUUUCCUAUACGAGCUGUUGCAUGGGACAACCCCUUUCAAGGGAUCAGGCAAUCGUGCGACGCUCUUUAAUGUGGUGGACCAGCCACUGAGGUUCCCCGAGGUACCAGCUGUUAGCCUUGUUGCACGGGACCUUAUCCGGGGGCUCCUUGUGAAGGAUCCACACAGGCGAAUUGCUUACAAAAGGGGUGCAACAGAGAUCAAACAACAUCCAUUCUUUGAAGGAGUGAACUGGGCUCUGGUGAGGAGCAGCAUGCCGCCCCACAUACCUGAGCCUGUGGAUUUUAGCCAAUAUGCCAGUAAGGAGAGUGCCCACAUAGUGAAGAAGGUAGCAGAACACGAAGGUGGUGUAAAUAAGAACAGUUCUAAUGAUACUUACCUCGAUUUUGAAUAUUUCUAGGAUAAACAGGGUGCUUAUUUGAUGAUGAUGAUGAUGAUGAUGAUGAUAAUCAUACACAUCUUUGGGGGGAUACUGUCUUGUACAUCUUUUAGGAAGUAAGGUGUGUCUGUUGACAUUACAUGGGGUUUAUUAAAGAAGUGUUCUUUUUUCUUUUGGGGGGAGGGUAGGGGAGGUGGAGGUGAGGUAGCGGGAGAAAUGAUGGGAUGAGGAUCCUGAUUCUUUGUUAAAGUUGGAAACAAUAAAUAUUGCAGUUUGAGGAUGGACAACCUAUUAUUAUUUUGUACAACCAAAUGCGGACUGAUUGUUGUAUGAUUUCCAUAAUUAGUAUAUGUUACCUAGAGGAUUCUGUAGUCUGUACAUGAUCAAUGUGUUAUUUUUCA